AUGGCAAAGGAAAACGACUUCAGAGUAGAACUCAAAUCCCAGCGUCAUUUCAGAAACUCCCACCGACCUGAGACAACAGAAGGCCCCCCUCCUAGGUCUAUGGACCUGCUAUUACGCAGAUUAAGGGCCAUCGAAGCCAAGCAGAAUGAUAAGUUUGCCAACAUCAUGAAGGCCAUGGGGGAGUUUGGCACAUUCCAGCGGAGGCUGGUGGCCCUCACCUUCAUUCCCAGCAUCCUGUCCGCCUUCUUCAUGUUUGCUGACCUCUUCGUGUUCACACCCCAGAAGCCCUAUUGCAACACCAGCUGGAUACUGGCCCUGGACCCCAGCCUUUCAGAGAGUGAGCAGCUGAAUCUGACCCUGCCCCGAGCACCCAACGGCAGUUUCCUGACAUGUCUCAUGUACUUGCCUGUGGACUGGGAUCUGGAGACUAUCAUCGAAUUUGGCCUCAACCAUACAGACUCAUGUCAAGAUGGGUGGUUCUAUCCUGAGGUCAAGUGGCGAUCACUGAUCAACGAGUUUGACUUGGUGUGCGGCAAGGAACCGAACCCAGAAAUGGUGCAGACCAUGUUUUUGGCAGGCUUCUUGAUAGGAGCUCUCAUCUUCGGGUUCAUAAGUGACAAGCUGGGUCGCUACCCCGCCAUCCUGCUAUCACUGCUGGAGCUGAUCAUCUUUGGCUUUGGGACAGCCUUUGUCAAAAGCUUUCAUCAAUAUCUGUUCUUCCGCUUCCUCGUGUCCCAGGCUGUGGUGGGCUACAGCACCAGCAGCUUGUCUUUAAUCACUGAGUGGCUAGUGGGCAUGCACCGGGCCCAUGCCAUCAUCCUGGAAGGCUGCUUUUUCGCUGUGGGGGUCCUGUACCUGACAGGGCUUGCCUACAACCUUCCUCAUUGGCGGCUGCUGUUUCUGGUGGGUGGGACACCUGCGUUCCUCCUCAUCUCCUAUAUCUGGAUUCUUCCAGAGUCCCCACGGUGGCUGAUGACAAAAGGGAAGCUAGAGGAGGCCACACAGUUGCUGUGCUAUGCAGCUGGCGUGAACAAGAAAACCAUUCCUUUAAGUCUGCUGAGUAAGCUGCAGCUACCAGGAAAGAAGGUGGCUAAAGCCUCUAUCCUAGACUUCUAUAGCAACAAGCAUCUCUGCCAGGUGGCCUUGAUUUUGUGUUCCAUGUGGUUUGCUAUCGGUUGCAGCUAUUACAUGCUGAGCUUCAAGAUGAAGGAGCUGGGUGUGGACAUCCACCUCACACAGGUGAUUCCCGGCAUCAUGGAGGUGCCCAGCCGGCUGUGCUGCAUCUUUCUCCUUGAGCGGUUUAAGAGGAAGUGGAGCCUGAUGCUCACUCUCUUCCAAGGCGCCCUCUUGUGCUUCCUUAGCCUUGUCCUCCCCUCAGGGGAGCAUGGCCACAGACUCAAGUGACCAUGUUGUCUGGCCACAGAGUUGAAAUCCCUCUUGGUCUUGAUAAUCGUGCUUGGAGAGUUCAGCCUGGCUGCCUCGGUCACCCUAUUGUUCCUCUACACUUCUGAGCUCCUCCCCACUGUCCUCAGGGCGACGGGUUUGGGGCUAAUGUGUCUGUUCUGGGCAGCUGGAGGCAUCUUGUCCCUGAUGCUUGUCAGCCAGAGCACCACCAUCCUACCCAUUUUACUCUGCACCAUCUCAGCCACCAUGGCCUUGUACCUUUGCUCCAAGCUGCCAGAAACACAAGGUCAGCCCCUCCUUGAUAGCCUGGAGCAUCUUCCUCUACUGACAAGGACCAUGAGCAAUGAUGUUUCCAGUGAGGACAUGUUAUGUGAUGAUGUGAUGGAGGAAGUGACCAAGAACACCAUUCUCAAUGCCACGAUGAUGAAUAUAGACCAAGACUCUUCCUCCAACCAGUCUUUGCAUACCAGAGAAGAGGAAAUAGAUGGUCAGGAGGACUGA